CUCACCCUCAGAAGCUCGCAUGCUUACCGCAUCUGCUGCUCCAAGACAUUUUCGCUCGCUCCUCACCACAUCCGCUCGAGCUUUCCCCCUCCGUUCAACCCAUCUUGCCGCGCCAUCAGCUCGCAUCUGUCCCGCCUUCACCCUGCCUAGAAUGGCGUCCACCAGCUCCGUCCCGUCUAGCAUGAAGGCUAUCCUGAUCAAGGACGGCAAAGGCCCGUCGGAGAAUCUCUACUUGUCAGACCAUGAUGUCCCUCAGCCAGGCGCGGACGAGGUCUUGGUCAAGGUGAAAGCCUUUGGUCUCAACCGCAUGGACAGCAUGCAACGCCAAGGCAAGUACCCACUGCCUCCUUCGGCCCCUAAGGAUAUCAUGGGCGUCGAAUUUUCUGGUCUCGUCGCUACAAGCAACAGCUCCAAAUUUAAAGAAGGAGAGGAGGUGUUUGGCCUGGUGACUGGAGGAGCGUACGCAGAAUACGUCAAAGGUCCGGCUAACAUGCUGUUGCACAAGCCGAAGACGCUCAGCCACGAGCAGGCAGCCGCCAUCCCCGAAGUAUGGCUGACAGCGUUCCAAGCCUUGCGUGUCAUCACAAACAUCCAGAAGGGAGAAGACGUCCUAAUUCACGCUGGCGCCUCGGGAGUGGGUCUCGCGGCCAUCCAACUCGCCAAACGCUUCGGAGCGCGGGGCAUCUACGUGACCGCAGGCAGUGAAGAGAAGAUUGCAGCGUGCAAGAAGAUGGGCGCGACAGAGGGCUUCAAUUAUAAGGCUGGCUCUUGGGCAGAGGGGCUUGAGAAGGCCACGGGAGGUGAAGGAGUAGACGUGGUGGUCGACUUCAUUGGCGCGCCCUACCUGGAGGACAAUGUCAAGUCGCUCAAGAAAGACGGACGUCUCGUCUUCCUAGCAUUCAUGGGCGGGGCGAUCCAACAAAACUUCAAUUUGGCGCAACUCCUCUUCAAACGUCUUCGCCUGGAGGGCACGACGCUCCGCUCGCGUAGUCUGGAGUACCAGAGUGACCUGGUUCAGGGCUUCUUGGAGACAGGCAUGUUGGAGGAGAUUGCCCGCGAGGAGAAUGACAAGGAUGGGCCGCACCCCAUCAUCAUCCAUGAUGUGCUGCCUUGGGAUAAGAUCAAGGAGGCGCACGAUAUGAUGGAGGCGAAUAAGAAUACCGGAAAGAUCGUGAUGGUGAUCCCCUGAUAUGACUUGGGACGGCAAGCGAUCUCUCUUUCGUAAUGUUACAAGCUAUCUAUACAUGCCACAGCGUGAGGGCUGCGUGCUCUUUGUCUUCAUCUUCUCGGCAUCCUCACGCCUGACUGCAAUGAGGCUACAGAGCCCUUGACUGCUCGUAUCAGGCCUUGAGGCCCACCUGUGCGAAACUCCUCCCACCACAACGUAAAGUGAUCGCGCAUGGCCGCCGUGACAAGAAGCGAAAGGACGACGAUGACGUAGAGGGUGACGAUGGUCUGGUCCUUGCCCGAGUCCCGCUGAAAACACCUCGCCCACACUUCACCCUCC